AUGUCACGUGCCGGAAGUGUGAUUAAGACAGGGCUCAAAAUAGGAACGUGCGUCAAACGUGCGUUUUAGUUUGACCAUGGUUUGACCUGAUUGUGAGCAGCGUCAAUAUACAAGAAAGACUACGAUAAAAGUAGUGAUAUCUUUGUUUUUUUUUUACCGCAUUUAUGAAAAUAAACAUGAAAGUAAAGCCAAGAGACUAAAGGAUUGCGUGACAUAUACUAUUGUGAUUGGGAUUUUUUAUUUCCGUCACAGUUUUUUUGGUGGCCUAAGCCGCAGGAAGGACAAUCUGUGGGCUCUUAAGGCUCGGCUGCUCAUUUUGGCUAUUUGUAGUUUCCAGUCCAGUCCUUUAUAUUGCACAACGUUGUGCAACCAAGGCCCUGCUGUUUAUUGGUGGCCACCCCGUAUAUCCAUUUGAGCUUUGCACGUUUCUGUCUCUUUUGGUCUUUCGAUUCGAAGGCAGAACCAUGCCGGUCAGUAGGGGAAAGCUUUUUCUUUAUUGCAUGUUUCAGAAAGAACGCGAAAAGCCAGAAAUCACGUUAAAUCUAGGCUAAUGCUUGAUCUUUCAGAUUUUUGGCUUGAAUAGUGAAAUCCUUACCCCUGGGCACGAAAUGAUCAUGUUGAAUUUUUGUUGUGUUGGAGAAGUUGAUGUGGUUUCGCUUUGAAGCAACUGUUAAAAAUAACUUUAAAAACCGUGAGUGUGGAAGUCCUAGCUGUGCUAAGGAUUUUGAGAGUUGCUGUCUGUCGGUUUAUUUCUGGUUAUCAACAAAGGAUUAUUUAUCGUUUUCCCACUUUUGGUGCAGUUAACUUUUGAAACACAAGCUAAGUAUCACCAGAAAUCAAUUUUGGUGAUUACAUUUCCUUGAUGUUGAGGACCUUUGUUAUAUGCACAGCGUUAGAUUUUUAAGGGAGAGCUCUGUUCCCUUAGAAGGAACGUUUUUAAAGUUUUGUUUUGAAGGUUGACUAAACAGCUGAAAUGAGAAUUUAUUAAGGUUAAUCAACUGAUAUUAUGGUUUUAAUAUUAUAAUAACUAUGCUAUUAUACUGUAGUUCAGAGAAGUGUGAUAACUGUUUUUUUGUAGUAAGUUAACUCAGAGUUUCCUUUUCUGAGAUUGAUUUAUAGGCUAUGAUUUUCCGCCUAAAGAAAAGCACCAGGAUUAAAAUCGGCCUGAUGUCACUUUGGCCUGGCUAAUCAUAGUGUGUAAACCAGUCAUUCUCUUUGUACUUGUUGCUGUGUUCUAGCGAAAAACCUACAGUCUUUGACAGAAUAAAAUGGAACAGCAAAACCUGGGGUGCAAAGAAAGUCUGUUUUACAGCUUGCUGCUCGGCUGUAGUUAGCAUAUAUUAGCCCAAGAGUCAUUUUAAACAGCCCGAAAUACUAUUUUGAUGAGGAGGAUUGAUAACUGUUCCUCUGUAAUUUGAAUUCCAUAUAAAGUUUCACUUACCAGUCGGGCAACUUAAGAAGAGAAUUCACUUGCCUGAUAGCAAAAUCCACUAGCCCUAUGCUAUCAGACAAGACUUUCUUUGCCGCCUGAAAACCUCCACCCCCCCCCCCUUAAAUAAGCGAGGUAAUCUCUUAAGGGAAAAACACACCAUUUUCCAUUCUUGAUUUGGUCGGGGGUGGGGGUCUAAGUUUUCCAUCUAUGAUAACUGUUUUUUUGUAGUAAGUUAACUCAGAGUUUCCUUUUCUGAGAUUGAUUUAUAGGCUAUGAUUUUCCGCCUAAAGAAAAGCACCAGGAUUAAAAUCGGCCUGAUGUCGCUUUGGGCUGGCUUAUCGUAGUGUGUAAACCAGUCAUUCUCUUUGUACUUGUUGCUGUGUUCUAGCGAAAAACCUACAGUCUUUGACAGAAUAAAAUGGAACAGCAAAACCCGGGGUGCAAAGAAAGUCUGUUUUACGGCUUGCUGCUCGGCAAAGCUGUAGUUGACGUAUAUUAGCCCAAGAGUCAUUUUAACCAGCCCGAAAUACUAUUUUGAUGAGGAGAAUUCCUCUGUAAUUUGAAUUCCAUAUAAAGCUUCACUUACCAGUUGGGCAACUGAAGAAGAGAAUUCACUUGCCUGAUAGCAAAAUCCACUAGCCCUAUGCUAUCAGACAAGACUUUCUUUGCAGCCUGAAAACCUCCACCCCCCCUUAAAUAAGCGAGGUAAUCUCUUAAGGGAAAAACACACCAUUUUCCAUUCUUGAUUUGGUGGGAGGUGGGGGUCUAAGUUUUCCAUCUGUUUUGUCCAAGAUUGUAGGUAUGGAUAUUGUUUUGUAUUCAGUGUCCACCAGCAAGAACACAAGGAUAUGGAACGUUAAUGCCUAUUUCAAUCUCUGUUUGUUAUAUCAUUUGCAGUUGUUCAAAGAUCUUUUGCAUCCCUCGGUGGAAGAAGAAAAGCGUAAGCACAAACUUAAGAGGCUUGUACAAAGUCCAAACAGCUACUUUAUGGACGUUAAAUGUCCUGGUAAGUUUGUUUGCUGACUGAUAGCUUAGUCCAGUUUGUAGUGAAUGCUUAGUAAACCACUGUAAAAUGGUUAUGAUCAGGCAGAUGGUAGAUGUUGAUACAUUCUCGCCUUUCUGUGAGCAAUCACCCAAAAUACCUAGACUAGUAAUGGAUAGUUGGCUGCUUGAUCAAGCGCUAAUGUCCAAAAUUCUCUAGACUAAUCUGCAUAGAAUUAGUUGAAAGAAUUUGUUUGAAGAACAAAGCAUUUUCUUGUAGGUGAUCACCUUAUUAAUUCUCCUAGGUUUUGGAAUAUGAUGAUGUUACUCUUCAUACAUCAACACUCAAUUGUAUUUCAGUCAUUUUAGCAUUUUUGUUUGGACAGGUGGAAACGAUUCAAACAUGCUAAUUUUUAAUGCAUAAUUUUUUGAAAAUCAAAAAAAUCUUGUUUCCAAAACUAUCUGGAUAUGUGUGGACAAGGCCAUGACCCUUUCACUACUAGAAGUGGCCAAAACUUACAAGAUUUAUUAAAGGAUAACAAAAACAGUGGUAUAGCUUUUUCCUUUAUUUAUUUAUCUAUUUUUUUGGUUUAAAUGGGGUGGGGGUAGGGGUAUUUGGGAAGUGAAAAUAUAUGUGGGCGUGUACAAUGUGAAUGUGACUGGCCCAGGUGGGGAGUGUGGACAGUAUUAGAAGUCGUAGAAAAGAGGUUUCUUCAUAAAUUUAUGAUGGUCAUUUAGCCAGAUUUCAUCCUGAAGGUUCUGAAUCUGCUCUUUCCUGCAGAAGUACAAUAUAAUGGUCUCCUACAAUGUAUAUGUUGUAGUUCAAGUUUAUCCUCGGUUUAAUUUUUAUUUUCUUUUUUUGGGGGGUUAUGGUAAUGUAUAAUGAUGAGUUUAAAACAAAAGAAAAUAAAAAUUAAACUAAGGAUAAAAUUGAACCACAACGUAUGUAAUACCGGUUUUUUGGUGUGUCUCAGUCAAUUUGGUGGCCUGCUUCUAUUAACUGAAUUAGGCUAUGCUGUAUGGAAUCAUUGGUGAAAUCUCCUUGUCAGUCAAAGUUUAUGUUCCCAGUUAUCCCCUCUGUUCCCUUAACGUUACGGCAAGUACUGUGAUGGCUUUUCAUGCAUAGUAUUAAGUAUUUCUUGCCUCUCAGGUUGUUACAAGAUUACAACUGUGUUCAGUCAUGCUCAAACAGUUGUGCUUUGUGUGUCAUGUUCCAUGGUGCUUUGUCAACCUACAGGAGGGCGGGCAAGACUGACAGAAGGUAUGCAGUGUUUUUGUGUGCACAUCAUCACUUGACCUAUAUGUGUACUAAGCUAUUUGUAGUACAUGCAGAGCUUCUAGCAACAACAUGGAACUCCAGAUACCUAAACUUAGAAAUUGCAUGCAAUAAAUUGUCUUCCAUAAAGCAGAUCUGUUGGAACCUCUACUAAGAAAACACCCUUGUGGCUUGAUUCUUAUUAGCCACCACUAAAUCUUUGCAUUUUGGAUUUUCGCCUAUGGAAAACUUUUUUUAUUACAUCCUGUCACUAUUGUUGAAUUAUCAUCUAUUGAAGCCUUAUAUAGUCUUAAGGUAUUUGUCAGUGCCCUAGAAUAAUUCAUAGUAUUUAGAACACAUUUUUAGUUGUUUGAAAUGAAUUUAUAAUUUAAAUCGGCGACUGUAAAAGGAAUUUAAAAAGUGUAUAUCUUGAGCACUAAUGCUGUCUUGCAUAAAGUUUAAUGAAUAUUAGUGUCUGAUUUGCACCUUUUGAGAGAGAAGCUUUGCAUUGCACCAAAAUACUUGAAAAGUUCUUACCCCCCCCCCCUCCCCCCUCCUCUAGCUUGGAAUAAUGUUGUACCUUCUCUGCUUUUUUACCAUUCAGUGAAAGCCAAAACACACCUUCACCUAUUCUCUUUGUACUUUGUGUCACAUGAGCCUCGAAAUUCGAAUCAAGUGAUUUUAAAAGUUUAUAGCAUGAAUUCUUAUUCUGGAAUAUGGUAAAUCAAACACACCCUUACAUCUAAAUUGAUCUACAAAUGCAUCUCCGUCUCCCUAUUUCUUGAGCUACAUAUAUAUACCAUUUCCCAGCAGAGGAGUAGCUAUGCACUGCAGCCCAACUCAUGCCUUGUUAUUUUUCUUAUUAGGUAAAAUGUAGAGGUAUUCCUUGAGCAUUGUCUUUGUGCUCCCUCCAAGCUAGCCUCCUAUGCAGACGUCCCUUUGGCUAGUCAUGCAAUCCCCCUCAACAUUCACGGAUCAGGAACAUGUGACAAAACACCAAGAAUGUCUGCAUGGGAGGCUAUCUUCAAACCUAAUUUGUUCUGUCUUUUGUUCGUAGGUUGCUCCUUCAGAAGAAAACAGAACUGA